AAACCUAAUUAACCAAUUUGGCUCAGUGCCAAUGACGUCUGAGAAUCUUUCUUCCUUCUUCUUCCUCAAUUUCUGUACAGAAACGAGAGCUUUCCCCAUCCUCCAGCACUCCGUUUCCCCAUUCCCGAUCUGGUGUUCGACGAAAUUCCCCAUAAACAGAACAGCGUUCAAUAUGGGCAAGAGAGGAGGGGCGAAGAAUUCCUCCCAUUUGGGGUCUAGGUCUCAGAAUAAUCCGAUAUCAUUGAGGGAAGAAGCCACCGGAAAAAUACAAACAAAGCCAGCUUCAAACAUCAAGUCGAACUUGAGAGUUGACCACUUGAAGAAGCUUGCAGUGUGGGCCACUAAUGACACUCCCAUACUGUCUCUCGGUGCCUUCUAUGGCCAGCAUUUGGCCACGGUAGCGGAGGCCGCGGGAGUACCGCCUGAUUCUUCUUUAACUACUUGCCAAAGAUGUGAAACCGUCCUUCAUCCUGGAUUUAAUUCAACUGUACGAAUUGAGAAGAGCAGAUCAAAGGUCAGGCAUAGGCACAAGUCUGGUAACAUCAGUCAAAACAACAUAGUGUACACGUGUAAUUUCUGUUUACAUAAGAAUCUCAAGAAAGGGACCCCAAAGGGACAUCUAAAAGGAAUAUGUCCAUCAAAAGAAAAACCAUCCUUAGAAUUAACACCAAGGAGACCCAUCACACACGAGUCUUCCAAAUUUGAGAAAGGCAUUGUAAGCAAGGAUGAAGCUAAUGAAAUAGAUGUGUUUGCUUCACGAGUUGCCGCGAAGGAUGUUGCCCUUGUAGACGGUCUGCCAACUCCGUCGUGUUCAAGCACACCAACCUUGUCAGAAGGAAAGAAGAGGAUGAGAAAUAGUUCCACAUCCAAGAAAGCAAUUGAAACUGCAAGCUUGUCUGCAAAAGUAGAAGGAAAACCUCUGAGCACAGCAAGCAAAAGGCGAAGAAAAUCUUGGAUUAGUUUAAAAGAUAUUGCUAAGGGCAAGGAGCAUGACAACAAUCAAGUUGCUAAUUUGACAAUCCCAUUCUUUUUAUAGUUAGGGAGGUUUUUACAUAGGUCAUUUGUUUGUAGAUUAUGCUUGAAGAAUGAAGACUUCGUGUGUCUCUACUGAACACACUUUCAAUCAAUUUGAAUGUUUAAAUUAUUGCUUUUGAAUCAUUUUGAAAAAAAUUGCUUGUAAUA